CCCCCAUUUCAGGCUCAGGAGGGGGUGGUGGGCAGGGGACUAGUGAAUGCGGGAGCGGAUCUGGAGAAGGUUUCGUGCCUCCAGGAGCAGUGUGUGCCCCCGGGAUGGGAGCGUGGGGCUGGCUCUCUCCUCCCUCUGGCAAAUCAGCCCGAGAGGGUGGGGAAGGAGGGAGAGGGGCUUGCUUCGCGCGCUGAAAGUGGAUGAGCAUCCCUCCCCCGCUCUCCUCCUCCCCUUCUCCGCCUCACUCUCUGCCUGUGGAGCUGGGACCCGGGCGCGUUACAUGCUGGACUCCCUCUCCGCCUCCCCUCCGCCUGCGUUGUCGGGGAUGUACUGAAGCGGGGGCAGCUCCCCCGGCGCUCCCUGCUGCGCACCGCUCGCCUCCCUUCGGGGCCACUUGUAACGCGUUUGCAGAGUGAAGAGCCCGUGCUCUGUAAAGAAAAUCUUUAGCCAUGGAUGUAUUCAUGAAAGGACUUUCCAGGGCUAAAGACGGAGUUGUGGCAGCAGCAGAAAAAACCAAACAGGGUGUGGCAGAAGCAGCAGGAAAGACGAAAGAGGGUGUUCUCUAUGUAGGUUCCAGGACUAGGGAUGGAGUUGUUCAUGGUGUCACAACAGUGGCCGAGAAAACCAAAGAACAAGUGUCUAAUGUCGGGGGAGCUGUGGUGACGGGAGUGACGGCAGUAGCGCAGAAGACAGUGGAAGGAGCAGGCAAUAUUGCUGCAGCCACUGGCUUAGUCAAGAAGGAUCAGUUGGCCAAACAGAAUGAAGAAGGAAUCUCGCAGGAAGGAAUGAUGGAUAAUACAGAUAUGCCAGUGGACCCAGAUAAUGAGGCAUAUGAAAUGCCUCCUGAGGAAGAGUAUCAAGAUUAUGAACCUGAAGCAUGAAAAUCUCUUCCCUCUUUCUAUCUUCUGAACUCUACUAACAAAGACGUCCUGUCCUGUACAAGUGCUGAGUUCCAAUGUGCCCAGGUGUAAACUUUUUUUUAUAGUUUUUGCAGUGUAUUUUGAAGUCUUCCAUCAGCAAUGAUUGGAGUGUCUGGGUCUGCACCCUACUUUCAUUCCAGUGAUUCCCUCCCACUGAAAUGAACAACUGGGUGGCAGGGCCAUUGUCGUGCUGUGGAUAUUGUGGCUUCAGGUUUUAAAAGUAUAAAAAUAAUAAUUUUAAACCACCUAAGUGUCUAUUGCUUAUUUCUAAAGCUGUACAUGUUUUAUUGCUAGAUUGUCAGUAAUUUGGUAUUGUUUCUGAUACAAGGAUUUUUGUUUGUUAUUAUUACUCUGUUUCGGGGUUAACUUAUUGUGAGAACUGUUUAUAUAUACAUAUAUAAAGUAACUGAGCAUGAACUAUGCACCUAUAAAUAUUAACUUAACAUUUUUAUUGUUU